AUGUUACGCCACGAUUCAGCUCCGCCGCGUUGCUGGCAAUUGGCCUUGCGUCGCAUCUUCAAAGCUCAGGAUUUCUAUGGCAGCAUACGGCCGAUGAUUGGGAUGGCCCUGGUGUUGGGCAUUACGCCGUAUUCCAUCUGUCGCGACGGUUGCCAGGGCGAGCAAGUGGUGCGCGAAUCGUGGUAUGGAUUUGCCAAUGCCAUCAGCCGCUGGCUACUGAUCGCCUAUUGCUACUUGUACACACUGCAGCAGAAGGAGAGCCUAAUUGGCUACUUCAUGCACAACCACAUCUCGCAGCUGAGUGCCCGGAUGCAUGACGUCGCCGGCAUCGUUGCCGGCAUCGUCAUACUCAUAUUGCCGCUUUUCCUGCGCCGUCAUCUACGCAACGCCCUUGAGAAACUGGUGCGCGUCGAUAGGCAUCUGGACCACCUGAGUUUUCCCAUUGACUAUAGGCAGGUUCAAUAUCAAAUUCUGUUGGUGUUACUGCUGGUCUCCACCCUGGAUUCCACCAUCAUAAUUGUCUGCCUCGUCUGCCUGUCCAUUAUGGAGGUGAAGCCCACAUUUCAGCUAAUUUUUAGCAUGAUGUACGAGCUGAUCAUCAUAUCGAUAACCAUUUGCAUGUUUUGUUUGUUGGCCGGCUCUAUUCAACGCCGCUUCAAAAAGUUGCACAAGCCGCUCACAUACCUGACAUAA